AUGGACCCCUUGAAUGUGGCUCCCAUUGUAGAACCACUACCUAAAGAGAUGAAUACAUAUUACUCCGGGUGGUUAGCAGUAGGGCCAACACUUGGUUCACUCCAUGACGGCAAGAUGAUGCUAUCUCACACAAGACGGAUAACUUAUUAUCAUUAUGUCUUUGAUAGACACACAAGAGCAUAUGCACGGCUCGUUCCAGGCAUAGUCCUCAACAAGGAACUAGAGAUGCCUUCAAAGCCGCAACAUAAUGCGAUUUCAAAGCUCGAUCAGUUCUUACUGUCCAAAUUGAGUGACGUCUCCAGUGGAACGAAUAGGGUUGCAACUCUCAUACAUCAAUACGAGUCCAACCGAGGAAAAGAGAUCAAGGCAAACCUGGCAGCUGAGCCACAUCCAUCCCCUUCACGUGCCGUCCGAACGACAUCCACGGCGUGUCCUGUCGUGCUUGUUGCACAUUUGGCUAGAAGUAAAACCCUCGAACGAGUUUGUGUUUCGUCUGGAUUCCGAGUAGAAACGAAUCGAGGUGAUCCGUGCUUUAUAACGUGCGCACAUACUCUCGAGGAGCUACGUUCAACCAAGCUCGUGGAUGGCCCCCGUACCGCUUCAAAUACGUUGAUAAUGACCAACGACGGUCGUAUUCUCGAAGCCUCAGGCUGUCCUUCAUCGUUACCGCGUCACGACCUACUUGUUCUUCAUUCAAAGCCAGGGGUCGACCUACCUACCCUUCCCGUUUCGCCGUACCCAGCCCCAAUCGGAACUGAGGUCGCGAUCCAUUGCCUCCACGAGAAUCCAUUGCCGGACGAAGGAUGGACCCCAGCAUUCGGAGGGUUAAUAUAUCGAAAAUGGUUUCACGGACAUAUCACUGAUUACCGAGAUUUUGCUGGAAAUCAAGCUAAACCGGGCACCUACGACGUCCUUGCCAACGUGUUUUUUAGUCAGAUACCCACGCCAGGAUCUAGUGGUGGUCCUAUUAUAGACAUUCAGACUGGGGCUGUCGUUGGCACCAUUCGGGGCUCACAACUCGACAAUCGCCUGACCGGAAUACGUGGAUGGGGUACGAGUGCAGAAUCUAUAUAUGAGAUGUUCGUCCUACCGGGGAUUCACCUUCACGACUAA